GCGUGAACAGGAGGUCACCUUGUGACAGCAUCAAUCCCGCAACAUGCAGAACGACGCUGGUGAAUUUGUGGAUCUCUACGUCCCCCGUAAAUGCUCAGCGAGCAACAGAAUCAUUGGGGCCAAGGACCAUGCCUCCAUUCAGAUUAACAUCGCUGAGGUCGACAAAGUGACAGGCAGAUUCAACAGUCAGUACAAGACCUAUGCUAUCUGCGGGGCCAUUCGUAGGAUGGGUGAAUCCGAUGACUCUAUCAUGAGACUGGCAAAAAAUGAUGGUAUUGUUUCAAAGAACUUCUGAGACAAGAGACUGGAAUUGAGGAACUAAACAAAAAAAUAAAAGUUAUUAGAAAAAAAAAAA